AAACGAAGCGCUCCGGCAAAUCCGAACGGGCGCUCGGUUCAGCGCAGGCGCACUGGGCCGCUCCAGCGCGCGGCCGGCUAAUGCGGCACCUUCGGUUCUCGGUUGGCGAGCAUGACCGCGCAGGCGCAGAGAGGAAACUGAGGCGAGGGAGCGACCCCCACCUCGAGGGAGGCGGUUUCCAGUCAUGGACGAGCAAAGUGUUGAGAGUAUUGCUGAAGUAUUUAGAUGUUUCAUUUGUAUGGAAAAAUUGCGUGAUGCACGCCUGUGUCCACACUGCUCCAAACUAUGUUGUUUCAGUUGCAUUCGGCGUUGGCUGACGGAACAAAGAGCUCAGUGCCCACAUUGUCGAGCUCCACUUCAGCUGCGAGAACUUGUCAAUUGUCGCUGGGCAGAGGAGGUGACCCAACAACUUGACACGCUCCAGUUAUGUAAUCUGAGCAAGCAUGAAGAAAACGAAAAAGACAAGUGUGAAAAUCAUCAUGAAAAGCUCAGUGUAUUUUGCUGGACAUGUAAGAAGUGUAUCUGCCACCAGUGUGCGCUUUGGGGUGGAAUGCAUGGCGGGCAUACUUUUAAGCCCUUAGCGGAGAUAUACGAGCAGCAUGUCACCAAAGUGAAUGAGGAGGUGGCAAAGCUUCGCCGAAGACUCAUGGAGUUAAUAAGUUUGGUACAAGAAGUGGAAAGGAAUGUUGAAGCGGUCCGCAGUGCGAAAGAUGAACGUGUUCGGGAAAUCCGGAAUGCCGUGGAGAUGAUGAUUGCUAGGUUAGAUACACAGCUGAAGAACAAACUCAUCACACUAAUGGGUCAGAAGACAUCCCUCACGCAAGAAACGGAACUUCUGGAGUCUUUGCUACAAGAAGUAGAACAUCAGCUGCGGUCAUGCAGUAAAAGUGAACUAAUCUCGAAAAGCUCCGAGAUUUUAAUGAUGUUCCAGCAAGUGCACCGGAAGCCCAUGGCGUCUUUUGUCACCACUCCUGUCCCUCCAGACUUCACGAGUGAGUUAGUACCUGCUUAUGAUUCAACUACCUUUGUCCUGGAGAAUUUUAGCACUUUACGUCAGCGAGCAGAUCCAGUUUAUAGCCCACCACUUCAAAUUUCUGGGCUUUGCUGGAGGCUAAAAGUGUACCCAGAUGGAAAUGGAGUGGUACGUGGCUACUAUUUAUCAGUAUUUCUUGAGCUCUCAGCUGGAUUGCCAGAAACAUCCAAAUAUGAAUACCGUGUUGAGAUGGUCCACCAAUCCACUAAUGAUUCUGCAAAAAACAUCAUCAGAGAAUUUGCAUCUGAUUUUGAAGUUGGGGAAUGCUGGGGUUACAACAGGUUUUUCCGACUAGAUCUGCUUGCCAACGAAGGCUAUUUGAACAGGCAGAACGACACCGUCAUAUUACGCUUCCAGGUGCGUUCACCUACGUUCUUCCAAAAAUGUCGGGAUCAGUAUUGGUACAUUUCUCAGCUGGAAGCGGCUCAAACAAGCUACGUCCAGCAAAUAAAUAAUCUGAAAGAGAGGCUGGCGAUCGAGCUUUCCCGGACCCAGAAAUCCCGUGGCGUCUCCCCUCCAGAUAGUCACCUGAGCCCACAAAGCGACAACGGCCUGGAAAUGAGACCCAAGAAAUCAGCACCAAGCUCAGACGUGCUUCUUGAGGCUGUGGCCAGCACAGCGCCCCCCAGAGACACAGAAGAAGAAGAGGAGGAAAAAGUACAGUAUGAAGAUUUUAAUCACGAGCUCUCCGACGGGGAUUUGGACGUUGACUUCGUUGGGCAAGAGGAAGCAAACCAUUUGGACGGCAGCAGUUCCUCCGUGAGCUCAACCGCCACCAGCAACACAGAGGAAAAUGACAUAGACGAAGAGACCAUGUCUGGAGAGAACGAUGUGGAAUACACUCACAACAUGGAACUGGAGGAAGGAGACCUGGUAGAAGAAGCUACCUCUGCCCCAGCAGGUGCCUCAGGUGGGAGCCAUGCAUACCGCACAACAGCCAGCCCCUUGUCAAAGCGAGGAAAUGCACUCAAUUCUGCCAGUAGCAGCUUGCUGGAUAUAGAUCCCUUCAUAUUAAUCCAUUUGCUGGACCUGAAGGACAGAAAUGGGAUGGAAAACCUGUGGGGUCUACAGCCACGCCCACCUGCCUCACUUUUGCAGAACAGAGCAUCGUACUCUUCAAAAGAGAAAGACCAGCGGAGGCACCAGGCAAUGUGGCGCGUUCCGCCAGACCUUAAAAUGCUGAAGAGGUUGAAGAGUCAGAUGGCUGAAGUACGGAGUAAGAUGUCGGAUGUGAAGAACCAGCUGUCGGAGGUUCGGAGCAGCAGCGCCAACUCUUCUGACGGGCAGGCAACCCACGCCUUCCCUGGUGACCAGGGCGCCUUGGCAGCCUGCGGGACAGAAAGCUACAACAAGCUGCAGGAACUUGGGAGGGAGCUGCUGACAAAAUCAUCCCUCUCGAGCUGCUAUAUUCGGAAUUCCGCAAAUAAGAAAAAUAGUUCAACUAAAGCUGGUCGCUCAGGGGCCGCAGGCAGCCUGUCUUUGCGGAGGGCAAUGGAUUGUGGGGAUGGAAGUAUCCUUUUGAAGCUAGAGUGUCAGCUUUCCUCUGAAGGUUGCCUGGGAAACUCAAAGCCCAACAGUCGGCGCAGCUCCCCCAGAUCUUUGGCUUGCGCGUCGGAUCCCCUGUCUAAUUCUGAAGACAGAAUGUGUGAGGUUUCUGAUUCCAACGUUGGUGCUUCGGCUUUAAAUGGCAUAGCUGCUGUGGAAAAAGCCAGGAAAGGAAUAGCUGUGGGGCCCAAUCCAAAUCGAUGUCGUCUGGAAGCAACCGAGGCAAGUGAUUUGGAAAACAGCUCUGAAGCCGGAGAGCUACAAGUAGUCCCCUCUGACGGGGCUUCUGCGAACCUUGAGGAAGCUGCACUUCACCUCUUGCCAGGCAUGAGCAGCGACAGCGACAUCGAGUGCGACACCGAAAACGACGAACAGGAAGAGCCCGAGACUGCCUGUGCCACGCCAGAGGGCUACAACCAGGCCUUCCAGACGCAGCCUUCAAGUGAUGCCUCAGAAUUGUGCGCACUCUUCCCUGAGGGUGACCCGUUAGGCCCUGAAGAUCUGCCCUUUGACAUCGGGAAGGACAGCGUGAGGUAAUGCUGGGUUCUUCCAGCUAAAGUUUUAUGCAGAUUGGCGCUUUGAAACCGAACACUUUGCAAAGGAGACCUACCUAGGUGAUACCAGCAAUUUGCUCCCGGAGUGACUUCGUAACAUCUGGAGGUCUUGUGUGUUUCUGUUGCUCGUCCUCAUAUCUGAAAGCCAGUUGCGUCCGAAGAUGACGUCUGGAGCAAGUAGGACAACUUCAGUGUACCUUUGAGACCUCUGGUGUAUGGGUCCUGCUAUCCUCCCUUCUAAGAAGAAUGGUGAGAUCCUACUGAAUCGUUUGUUCUUCAGAUCUGUCUCCGAACGUGGAAAGGUCCACUCGUGCUUUUUUAGCUUUCACCUUUUUUUUUUGUGGGUAACUCUGAUGCUGAGUUCUUUUAAACCACACCACCCUCACUUUUGUAGCCCUUAGAGGCCCCCUCCAGUCAAUGAAUCCCAGUUUGGAGUCCCUAUUUCCAUUUGGGGACCUUUUAAGGAACAAAAGUGGACUCCUUCUUAAGUCUAGUGGAUGCUUAAAACUUCCAUUUUGCUGAGAAAGAAAAAAAACGCCCUCCCCACAUAGUCUGUGACUCCGUCUAAUUUUAGAGCACCCUCCCAAGAUAACAAAAAGCACAAAACUCGAAUGUGCCAAUCCAUUUUAAAGACUACUGAUUUCUUCUUUCAUCUGUCUUUAUUCUUCGUUGAUUUUAUUGACCUAGACUGCUUUCUGAUAAGAAAUUAUGCCAAUUUGUUUAUUCUGUUUGGUCUCAGAUAAGAGCUUUUAAUGAUGCGAGCUGUCUUGAAGUUUGAUUAGCAUUUGGUAGCUCGUUUUCCCGGGAACGGCACUGCCCCACAUUUUAUGGAAAUGCCUUAACACAGAUUUUUCCUGUCUCUGAAAAUUCUAGCUGUACUGGUUUUUCACUCCCAUUUAACAGAAGCCUGCACCUGACCUACCUCCCAAAAGUACUUUUACGUUAGUUUGUAUUUCUCAGUGAUGUGGCAAAGUUUAUGGGGACGAAGAAUGGAUGUUUUCCUGCUGCAAUUUAUUUUAACGGUAUGCAUUGUUGUCUUAAGCUAUUUAAAUAUUUUCAAAGAGGAGUUUCUCUCUCUCUCUCUGAAUUAGUCCAAUACUGGCCAGUUGAAAAUAGCCUUUUCUGCAUUGCAUUUGAGCUACUGAAGAUGUUCUGAUUUUAAGCUUAAUUUGGCUGAUCCCUUAAAAGCAUGUUUAUAACUACAUGCAUAUUACUUAGUGUAUCCUGGUGUAUUUAUCUUCUCCUGAGCAUUAUACCUUAAACGGAAAUACCCAUUUGUAAAUGGAAUGUUUAAAAACUGUAAAAAUUCAGGUGAAAAAUGGUUUGCACUCUUUUAAUUAAUAAAAUGAAUGUGGAAUUGAC